AGUUGUGUUUCGGCCUGACUGGGCAUUGGAUCCAAUGUCAAGAUGGGCAUUUUCAGAGAAACAAAGUGUCCAUUGUGUGUAGAGGUAUGGAUGUAAUGGAGGGUGUGGCAAGCUGAGAGGUACCCAACUGCCCUGUAAGGUACAGUAAGUACAUUGGAUGUGCGGAGGUUACGUAGGAGAGUACGACUAUUAUAAAUUAAGUUUAGGUUGAGAUGGAUGGACGGAGGAAGGAGAACCAACCUCACCUUACCCUUUGCCUUACCUUACCUCUGGUCCUUCCAGUUACCUCCUUCUUCUACCUACUUUCUUACUGAUUGACCACUUUUUCGCCUCAACCUUGACCCAUGACUUCCCAUCUAUUAUUGCUUCUUUGGAGCGUUACAAUUUGAGGGAAGGUAGGUACUAAUACUCUCGGUAUUCCUGCCUUUUGCCCGGAAAUAUAAUACCUGCCCAGACCCUUCCUGCUUCAAACAUAUCCUACCUAUUUUUCUCUACCUGUUGUUCACUGCAUCCCCUUGUGUCUAUCUGUUUGUGAUUGAUAUCAACACAACCUAAGAAAGACAGGCCAACUACCGAAGCCCCAUCGCGUGCCUACUCUAUUUUUAUUCAUAUUUUUAUCACAUCCUCCGUUGGCACUUUGUAUUUCUUCUCCCUCUUCAAUUACCCAGCCAUUGUAUACAAACAAUAUACCUACCCACCUAUCUACCCUGGCCUAGCCUUUGCGAUUGCCCUCUACUGUCAUUCUGUCAACCUCCACCAAACAUCUUGCAUACAAUGGUUGUUUGCCCGAUCAGCAAGUCUCUUACUGCAUGAACUACUUCUAUCCCAGAAAUCUUAUCAUACUUUUUACAUACCAUCUCAACAAGCACAUCAGGUCCAGAUUCACACAUCGUUGGUGUGUUUUGACUACCUUAGCAUCUGACUUGAGCCAGCAAAUAUACCUACCUACCUUAUAUAUCGACGUAUUGGAGGCACAACACAGUACAAAUCAAGUCAAGUCCAAAUAUCACCGUGCGACACCCGCCUAGCUCGUCGUCCUCGGCCUCAUUAAUUGUCGACUUACACCGGGCCCAUACAACCCACUCAACGCUGAACCCCGGUGCUUCGACCGGCCAAUCACCAUCUCAGGACUUCUAGCUCAUCUCUAUUCUUUGACUAUCCUACCUAUCUCAGAUUACACUACGCGCCCCAUCAAAGUCAUAUCCGCCUUCUCGUCAUUACUUCCAUUGGUGGGACUCUCUCUAGUCUCUGCCAGUCCAGACUUAUACUGCCGAUCCUCUCGUGGGCCCUCCUGUUUCAACGCAAUUCAAUUCAACGAAUUGGUGCCAAGUGAACUCAGGUACCCGCUAUCGGGUCAUCUUCUUCUUCUGGACCCUGAAGUUCUUGUGAGGGCUAGGAUUUGGUGUUUCUGAGGACCGACCUUUUUCAGUGUGAGGUAGUUUGGCUACGAGAGACAGUCGCUCUUAAGCUACGUCUUUGACGCUUCAUCUUCUGCAACCAUCACGGAUCUGAGCCCCCCUGAAUUUUAUCACUUCUCAAGGCUGCAGCGAAACGGGUACCUUACUCUCAUACCAGUCAUAAAACAACUCCUACAUUCAGCCACUAUGUCAACACAGUUUCCAGUCUUCCAACAAGACCAGUUUGACAUUUUCGAAUGGCAUCCCAAGUUCCUGUCUUGCCUUCGGUACUUUAUCGACCAUGCUCAGUAUAGCCCAGCAGUUCAAACUGUCGCUGCCUGCGUCAACAUUCUCCUCCCUUUCCAGAAAGGAAAUCUACAUCCCCUAACGCCGACACGCAAUGGGCCCCCUUCAUCUUCAUCUUCCUCCAGAGCGUCAGUUUCUGGAAGUCUACCCCUGGGAUCUACCUCGAUCACUCUCAUUCCUUACAUUCGCCGUCUCAUAGUGACAGGUUUCGAUACGCCUGCAGUUCUCCAUGGAUUCUUUGGUGACGAUUGGGUGCUUGGCAUUGGACGGGUUCACGAAAGUGAGCGCAGAAACUACAUGUUUGCCGCCAAGAGCGAUAACUGGCUGAGAGUCAAAACUCAAUAUGAUAUGGAUGAUGGGCAAACAGUCCCAUUUCUGAGACCGCUACAGAACGUUACCGAGGAAGAGAUACAGGCCGCUGAAUCCAACUGGAGCGAAUGGCUUGCAAUGCAAGACUGGAUGCUUGGGCCGAGGGCUCCGCCGGAUCUCAGCGAGCAUUUUGUCACGGUUAAGAAGGAACGCGACUGAUCAUAUGAGGAGUGUUUAGAAGCACAUAUCCUACAAAUGGCUCAUGGUAGAAGGCAGCCGCUCCGGGCAUACGAUAGACGGACCUGAUGCGACGCUGAAACCAGCAUAUGGAAUGAAACUCAUCAUUCAAGGAAGAAAGCAAGUAGAUAGUUGAAUUACUUUGAUUAAGGGGCAAGGUAGGGAAUCAGCACCUGCACUUCCACCCUUGCUAGCAUAGCGAUGUCAAUUCACUGUUUUUUGGACAUUUCUCACAUGCUGACCCUCUUAAGUCCACUGUCAUCUUUCAUUCCUUGCGCCAGAGUUACAUAAACUCCGCAUCUAUCUGUGUUGAGUUGGUUCGGUAUAUACAGUAGCAUCAGCCCGGCAAUCACUGAUCCUGACCGACCCAAGAUCAAGGUGGAAAAGCCCAGCACUGGCCGGUUGAACGCCCCACGAAAGCUCAAAUACCCCCCUUUUCCUUUUCAUCUUCAGGUAGUAAAACAAAAGUCCAGGCCCCUAUUCUCCGUCGACUUUAUAAGAUAGAACGGAACUGCGAAAGCAGCGCAAAGCAUUCCCCCACUAUACGUGAGUAUCUUCAUCCCCAAAACCCUUAUGGGUUGACCAAGUGAGCUUUCUCUGAGCCAUGAGUACCACAUCCCAAUUUCUCUCCCAACGCCAUGAUGGGAAAUGGAUCCCGACCCAAUGUACAUUUUACGUCUUUGUGCUUUCAGGGAUAGUGUGCCCAAAGACGGUGUGGUGUCAAUAGUAGUAGGAUAAUGCAUGAGCUGAAAACAUGACGAAAAAAGACUCGCGAAGAAACAAAAUUUAAAGGUAUUAUAGUAGUGUCAGUUGAGGAAGCCCUUGCAGGCCGCUGUGCCGCAGAGGCAAGGAAUGCGGUCUAAGCUGCCGAUCUCACGCUCAAACUUGUAAUCGUACGUCAACUCCUCGCCUGUAUGUUUGUUAGCAUUGUGUCGAUGGCUACGGUCAAGGGGGAAUACGUACUCAUGGCAA